AUACAAACUACCAUCACUUUAAAACACUUCCUAAUAUCACUCUACCAAAUCUUUUACCUGAAACCAUCUUUAUAUGAUUCAUUGAUUCUUGCCCACAAUUCUCUUUCCUAUUCCUUUUUUCUUCAAAAACCACUGUCAGCCCAUUUCCAAUAUGUUUUGCCUCUUUCCUUUCCAUCCUUCCUAGUGAUUCAAUCCCUUCUUUGCCUUCUUCUGGUUUAAUGCAAAGAAAAAUCUGAAAUUUAAAGGAAUCUCUGAGUGGAAUUUCAUGGAAAUUGAUCUGAACCAUGCAGUGUGUGAGACGGCGGAGAAGAAUGCAUGUACCAGUGGAGGAGAAUGCGAUAAUGUUUCAGCUCAAUCGUCAAUUUACAUGGAGCUAUGGCACGCAUGUGCUGGUCCUUUAACCAGCUUGCCAAAGAAAGGUGAGGCUGUGGUGUAUUUACCUCAAGGUCACUUGGAACAAGUUUGCUCCUCUACACAAAUUUGUCCACUAGAAAGUCCUACUUUUGAUCUUCCUCCCCAAAUCCUGUGUCGGGUUGUGGGUGUUCAUCUACUUGCUAACAACGAAAAUGAUGAGGUGUACACUAAGUUGACUCUACUUCCUCUGUCAGAGGCAGUCGGUACGAAAUCCAAUGGCAAAGAAAACAAAAAUGUGGGAUGGGAAAAUGAUGAUGAAAAUGGAAAUGCUGCAGCUAACUCAAGCACACACAUGUUCUGCAAAACUCUAACUGCAUCUGAUACAAGCAGUCAUGGUGGAUUUUCUGUUCCUCGUAGGGCAGCUGAAGAUUGUUUUCCUCCUCUGGAUUACAAAGAACAAAGGCCUUCCCAAGAACUGGUUGCCAGAGACCUCCAUGGAGUGGAAUGGAAAUUCAGACACAUUUACAGAGGCCAACCCAGGCGGCAUUUGCUCACCACAGGGUGGAGUUUAUUUGUCAGCCAAAAGAAUUUAGUGUCUGGUGAUGCAGUUCUUUUCCUUAGGGGAGGCCAUGCUGAUUUUAUUGUACCUUACCAAAAAUAUUUGAAGUGCACCGCCUCUAAUGCAGUUGUUGGGAUGAGAUUCAUAACAAGAUUUGGCUUGGAUGAUUCUCCUGAAAGAAGGUUAAGUGGAGUGGUGACUGGAGUCACAGAUGCCGAUUCUUUCAGAUGGACAAACUCCAAAUGGAGAUGUCUAAUGGUUAAAUGGGAUGAAGACAUGACGACUAAUCAUCAAGAACGGGUUUCACCAUGGGAAAUAGAUUUCUCAAGUAACUACGCACCUCUAAGCAUCGAGUCCUCCCCUAGAACAAAAAGACUGAGGUCAACUUUACAUGCAUCUCAUGAUGGAAAUAUUCUGCAUUUGGAUUUUGAGCAGCACGAAAGAUCCUCUAAGGUCUUGCAAGGUCAAGAAAAUAUCGGUCUAACAUCAUCUCUCGGUUUUGAAAUACAGACAUCAGCUCAUCUUCCUUUACCAAAUGGAAUGGAAAGGACUAAUGAGUAUAGUGAGUUUGUGAGCAAGCAGGCUCAUGCAACUUUCAAGGGCUUUCUGGAAUCUGAUAGGUUUCCGAAGGUCUUGCAAGGUCAAGAAAUUUGCUCGUUGAGCUCUCUAGCUGGGGAAAAACACUGGAAUCUUGGUCAUUUGUCUAAUAAACCCAUAUUUGCUUUCAAUAGUUUCAACAUGUAUCAUGGGCCGAUGCUCGGCUUCUACCCUUUGGCUUCUGAAGGGGCUCGAACUAUGCCGUUCACUUAUAAGGACUUUUAUGGAGGUCGACAAGGCAUUAAAAUGCAGAAAAAUAGUUUCGAUGUUCUGACAGGAAAUUACGUCACGACACCAACUUCUGUUCUGACCCAGUCCACCUCAGAUGUGUUUGAGGGCAGAAAUCUAGCGAACGAGAAUCCUACAAAUGCGCUAAUGCAUCUCAAGAAUAUGAGUGGUGAAGAUAACUUGGAGAAGGUCCCUAGUUGUAAAUUAUUCGGUUAUUCCUUGGUGGAAGAUCCUGCUCUACUUAAUUCUCAAGCCCAAAGUAAGAGGAUGUGUGUUAAGGUGCACAAACAAGGCAGCUUGGUUGGUAGAGCCAUUGAUCUUUCCAGAUUACACGGUUAUAAUGAGCUGCUAACUCAUCUGGAAAGAUUGUUUAAGAUGGAGGGUCUCCUUCACGACCCUAAACAUGGAUGGCGUGUACUAUACACUGAUAGUGAUGACGAUAUGAUGGUAGUUGGUGAUGAUGCAUGGUGUGAUUUUGUUGAGGUGGCCACAAAGAUCCAUGUAUUGACGCAAGCCGAAGUUGAUAAAAUGAUGGUCGACUUAAAUAGUGAUGACACUCAAAGCUGUCUGGAGGAAGCCCCAACAAUUUAACUGAAUGUGGCCGAUAUCACAAUCUUUACCUGCUACUGUUGAAUAAACUUGUGUGGCUGCCUGUUUGAUGUGUUAGGGCCAUUGUAAGGGUUAUGUUUUUCCUUUUGCUCAAGACAGUGAUUCUGUACUAUUGCCUGCAGUCGGUUUCUUCUAAUUUUGGAUGAUUGUUCUAAUCAGUAGCUUGGUGUAUGUGUUACAACUAUGGGUAUAAUAAUACACGGGAAUCCUACUAACUGAUAUGUAUUUUUCAGUUCUUACAAAUAAUC